UAGGCAGCGUAGCUCUAUUCAGAGGAGGAGGGAGUGCAACCUGGCAGUGAUGCAUGCUCUCUCAUUGUCUCUCACCUUUUACCUCUUCUUCAUCAUCACCAUCUACUGUUGAAAACUCGCUCUGUUAAUUGUCUUAAAUUUCUCAGUACCCGAAAAGCACAAAUCUUUCACCUAUUCUCUUUUCUGGGUUCGUCUCUUUUUAUUUUCUUUUUCGAUUGGUUGAAUUAGAUUUUUUGGGUUUCCUUUUGUUUUUGCUAAUUAAUUGGGUCUUAAAAGAUUUUUUCAGAAAUCCUUUUUUUCUCUUUUAGCAAUGCACAAUCUGUGAAUUUUUUUUGUAUUUUUUGUAUUUUUUUUUUUGUUUGUUUGCAUUUGGAUUUGUUAAAAAAACGAAGAGUUGGGGGGUUUAAGGUGGGGAUUUUAGGAACAAUGAAAGUGACACAGAAAGAUCCGGAGAAAGUUAUUUGGGAUCAGAUGAGAAGUCCAUCUGGGAAUCCCAUUUCUGUGCCUGGUUCACAAUCUCGAGCCUUGCCCAAACUCAUGGUCUGGCUCAUCCUCUUCGUCUCCGUAACCUAUGUCGUUUACACUCUUAAGCUCGUUUCCAACUCUCGCUCCUGCGACCACGAGCCGUUUUCCAGACCCCACCGACUCGCCACCUCCACCUCUUUGGUGCUCGCCGACAAUGCCACAACCACAUCCUCUCUCCAGUCGUCGAUUCGCAGCAACAGGACAACGAUGGCGGCUCAGAUCCUGCGCCGCCGCGAAACCCACGAGACCUCCCAACGGGAGACGACGGAGCUCCGACACGUGGUUUUCGGAAUCGCGGCGUCGGCGAAGCUCUGGAACAAGAGGAAGGACUACAUUAAGCUGUGGUUCAAGCCCAAGUCGAUGAGAGGGAUAGUGUGGCUCGACAAGCCGGUGACCAAUGACGACGACGAGGACAACCUCUUGCCGCCGGUGAAGAUCUCCGGCGACACGUCGAGGUUCACGUAUACUAACAAGCAGGGACACCGGUCGGCGAUUCGGAUCUCACGGAUCGUAUCGGAGACGCUGCGGCUGGGACUGAAAGACGUGCGGUGGUUCGUGAUGGGGGACGACGACACCGUUUUCGUGACGGAGAAUCUGGUGAGGAUCUUGAGGAAGUACGAUCACAACCAGUUCUAUUAUAUCGGGAGCUUAUCGGAGAGUCACUUGCAGAACAUUUUCUUCUCCUACGGAAUGGCGUACGGAGGAGGUGGGUUCGCCAUUAGCUACCCAUUAGCCAAAGCGCUUGUCAAAAUGCAAGACCGGUGUAUACAGAGAUACCCAGGACUGUACGGCUCCGAUGAUCGAAUACAGGCUUGCAUGGCUGAACUCGGUGUCCCACUCACCAAAGAACUCGGUUUUCACCAGUAUGAUGUGUACGGGAAUUUGUUUGGUCUCCUCGCAGCACAUCCGGUGACACCCUUGGUGUCAUUGCAUCACCUUGAUGUGGUUGAGCCCAUCUUCCCCAAUGUAACACGGGUUCAAGCACUACAGCGGCUAAAUAUACCAAUCAGAUUGGACUCAGCAGGAAUAAUGCAACAAUCCAUCUGCUAUGAUAAGUCGAAGAGCUGGACUGUUUCAGUUUCAUGGGGCUUCGCUGUUCAAAUUUUCCGAGGACUUUUUUCACCCCGUGAAAUAGAGAUGCCUUCGAGAACAUUUUUGAAUUGGUACAGAAGAGCAGAUUACACUGCAUAUGCAUUCAACACGCGUCCAGUUAGCCGAAACCCAUGCCAGAAACCUUUUGUGUUUUAUUUGUCGAAGGCAAAAUUAAACCAUACAAUCGAUCAAACCGUUAGCGAGUAUGUCCGGCAUCGAGUUCCUCACCCUCCAUGCAAGUGGAAGAUGCCUGAUCCUGCUGGCAUUGACAAAGUGGAGGUUUAUAAGAAACCUGAUCCCCAUCUAUGGGAUAGAUCUCCAAGAAGGAAUUGUUGCAGGAUCAAGGAUUCAGGGAAGAAAGGAACCUUGGUAAUAGAUGUCGGUGUAUGUAAAGAUGGUGAAAUCAGUGAACUAUAGCAACAUUGAUGAGUUAGGAUUGGGAACCAAUUUCUUCUUCUUUUUUCUUCUUUUCCUUGUUGCUUCCUCUUGCAUUUCUCUUUCUUAUUCUUAUAUUAUUUCUUAAUUUGUUCUCUGCCAAA